AUCUGUACACACGGCGGCGACAGGCGCUCCGGAAUCGGCAGGGACGAGUCUCCAACCGCUAUUCUCCCUCUUCGCAAAAAGAAUAGACAGUGGGGAGGGGAAAAAUACACACACAUCAGCGAAUUCCUCCACAAAAGUCCCCCUGGAAACUCCGAUGGAUUAAUCUGAUUUUCUGUGACAGUAGAGAAUGGGCUGUGUCCAAUGUAAGGAUAAAGAAGCAGCAAAACUCACUGAUGACCGGGAGACCAGCCUUUCACACAACUCAGGCUACCGCUAUGGGUCUGACCCAACGCCGCAGCACUACCCUAGCUUCGGGGUCACCACCAUUCCCAACUACAAUAACUUCCACAGCGCAGCUACACAGGGGGUGACAGUGUUUGGAGGUGUCCACACAUCCUCGCAGUCUGGGACGCUUCGGUCUCGGGGAGGGACAGGGGUGACUCUGUUCGUGGCUCUGUAUGACUAUGAAGCCAGGACUGAGGAUGACCUCAGCUUCAGAAAGGGGGAGAGGUUCCAGAUCCUCAACAGCACUGAGGGAGACUGGUGGGAGGCUCGUUCCCUUACUACAGGUGGAACUGGAUACAUUCCCAGCAAUUACGUAGCUCCUGUGGACUCAAUCCAAGCUGAAGACUGGUACUUUGGUAAAUUAGGUCGGAAGGAUGCAGAGAGACAGCUGCUUUCCAACGGCAAUGCCCGCGGGACUUUCCUUAUCCGUGAGAGUGAAACAACCAAAGGAGCCUACUCACUCUCCAUCCAGGACUGGGAUGACAUCAAGGGGGACCAUGUUAAACACUACAAGAUUCGCAAGCUAGACAAUGGAGGCUACUACAUCACCACCAGGGCCCAGUUUGAGACACUCCAGCAGCUUGUUCAACACUACUCUGCCAGGGCUGCAGGGCUGUGCUGCAGGCUGAUUGUGCCAUGCCACAAAGGCAUGCCACGUCUGACUGACCUAUCGGUCAAAACCAAAGACGUUUGGGAGAUCCCGAGGGAGUCGCUGCAGCUCAUUAAACGCCUUGGGAACGGCCAGUUUGGAGAAGUCUGGAUGGGUACGUGGAAUGGCACAACCAAAGUGGCGGUGAAGACGUUGAAGCCCGGCACCAUGUCUCCAGAGUCCUUUCUGGAAGAAGCUCAAAUCAUGAAGAAGCUCCGGCACGAUAAGCUGGUACAGCUCUAUGCCGUUGUGUCCGAAGAACCCAUCUACAUUGUCACUGAGUACAUGAGCAAAGGGAGUUUGCUCGACUUUCUUAAAGAUGGUGAAGGACGCGGCCUCAAACUGCCAAAUCUUGUGGACAUGGCAGCUCAGGUGGCAGCAGGAAUGGCAUAUAUUGAGAGGAUGAACUACAUCCACAGAGACCUGCGUUCUGCCAACAUAUUAGUAGGAGACGGCCUGGUGUGCAAGAUUGCUGACUUCGGUCUGGCUAGGCUCAUUGAGGACAAUGAAUACACAGCAAGACAAGGCGCAAAGUUUCCCAUAAAGUGGACUGCUCCAGAGGCUGCGCUCUAUGGGAAAUUCACCAUCAAAUCAGACGUGUGGUCAUUUGGUAUCCUGCUCACAGAGUUGGUGACCAAGGGCAGGGUGCCCUAUCCAGGCAUGAACAACCGUGAGGUUCUGGAGCAGGUGGAGCGAGGCUAUCGAAUGCCUUGUCCACAGGACUGCCCCUCAUCCCUGCACGAGCUGAUGGUGCAGUGCUGGAAGAAGGACCCAGAGGAGAGGCCCACCUUUGAAUAUCUUCAAGCCUUUUUGGAGGACUACUUCACUGCCACGGAGCCUCAGUACCAACCAGGGGAUAAUCUCUGAGCACCGCUUUCAUCUCAUGUCAUUUCACUGGCUUUCCACCAGAGGGCGCAGUGCACCACUUUUUCCUCUUUCAUCUGUUCAAAGCUCAUUGACAGACUUUCGACUUCCAAACUUUAUUCAAACAAGGACGGACAGCAGAAAAUUCACAGGAUGCUUUCGAGGAAGGGGGGGGGGGGGGGGGGGGGGGGGUUGGGGCUGAGCUUAAAAUGACUGUCAUGGAUUAACGACGUGAAUUGUGUUGUGCAUUUUGUAUGUAAUGUAAAUAUGAAUUGCUUGUUUACUUAGCUUUUUUGUUGUUGUUUAAUUUUAUAUUACUUUUGAUAAUUUGGGAAUGUGUGAUUUUAUUUUAUUUUUUUUUUUAAUCCAGGGUGAAAGGUGAUUCAGAUUUACGGCUCAUAGAGAAAUGUAUGAUGCUCACAGCUGGUUACAAACCCUCACAUAAUAAUAACUGUUGGUUUGGUAAUAGUUAGACAUCCAAAGUGUCUCUGAAUUUUUCUGGGAAAUCACUGGCCUUUUUUUACGCGGAUUAUAUAAUAUAAAUACUUCUCUCCUCUUCUCAAGGAACUUAGCUGUACUAUAACACCCGUUCUUGCCUUUUCAUGUUUAGUAAUAUUCUUAUACUGCAAGGGAAUGCCUUCAUGCUUUAUACACACUAACUUAGUGCAUCAUGGACUUGUCUACCCAAACCGAAACUGUAUGGCAUCUGCACUAAUAUCAUGUGCAUUCAUAGCAUUUCAGCUUCGGCUAAUUAUUUUUAGAUCGGCCUGAAGUAAUUUUUAGUUCAGCUCUAUGUAGUUGAAAAGGGGGCGGAUUUCCCCUCCAGCUUUGACCAUUGUUUAGCUGACUGCUUAGUAUACUGAUGAUAUUUUAAAGUGUAUGUUGCAUUAAUGUAUGGCAGCAGGCUGUGUAAGAAUCUGUCUUUUUGCUUAAGCAGCCAAACAAACUGCCAUUGACAUGAAGAGAAUGAAGGAUGUGUACUUGUAUUUGUCCCUCCAUUAUGUGUAUUUUUAAAUAACAUGUUGUUUACAAUGCCAUUUUUUAAAUAUCUAUUCUACCAGUGUUAUUUUUCUAUUCUUUUUGUUUUGUUUUGUUUUGUUUUCUUAUUUUAUGCCCUGUGAAGUCUUUGGAAGUCUUCAGAAACAUUCUGCCAUAAUUAAAGAUUUCUCUGUGUUCUUGUGUUGCUUUCCAGGGGUGGUAAGUUCAUUUUGUAUGACUUCUUUUACCCUAAUUUAUUAGGCAUCAGGAAUAUUUUGUUUUUUUUCCCUUAUUUAUUGUCUGUCCAUUACUUGUACACAGCUGGUUUUAAAAUAAAUGAUCUUGCAAUUA